AUGGAGGUUUUAAAACAAGCUCGUGGACAUUACAAAGGCUCCAUUACUAGAGUAUAUACAUACGCGCAAGAAAUUCCUGAAAGUGCCAAUAGUUUAGAAUUGAAUGUGCGUUUGGAAAGGUUAGAGAAGGCCUUUAAAGACAUUUGUAGUUCUCAAUCGGCUCUUUUUGAAUUUCAUGCUGAAGAGGGUUACGUUGAUCCAGAACCUGAGUUUGAGAUUUUAGAAUCGAAAUAUAUAGUAGCCAAGUGUGCUCUGUUAAAACGUUUAAAAGACAUUACUUCAGUGGAAAGCAAUGGGGAAACGAACGUUUCGUUGAAGGAAUUAGUUUCUUCCCAAGCCGAAUUGGUAGAUCGGUUAGGCCAGUUAGAUAAAAACCCUACUAAUAUAAAGCUGCAACCUAUGCACAUUACACCGUUUUCCGGGGAUUAUCGGGAAUGGCCAGGUUUUCGCGAUGUGUUCUUGCAAACGGUGGACUGCAACACAAAACUUUCGAGUGCCCAAAAGUUUAGGUACUUGAAGUCGGUUUUGCGCGAGGACGCUUUUAAUCUUUUGAACGGUGUUAGCAUUUCGGAUUCCAAUUACCAGCUAGCUUGGGAGAAAUUAGAAAAUCGUUAUGAUAAACCACUUUUUAUAAUAAAUUGUCUUAUCGAACAAUUCUUAAAAUUGCCAAACGUCGGGUCGUGUGAUGGCUCUCAAUUGCGUAAGCUAGUGGAUAAAGCUGAUGAAGUUAUUCGUGGUCUUGAAGCGGUUAAGUCGGAAGGUAGGGAUCCGUGGCUUGUUUAUUUAUUGAUAAAUAAAACAGACUCUGAAACUAAAAAAGCUUGGGCUUUAGAAAACAAAAUGUCGGAAGAGUCGACGAUUAAAGACCUUCUUGAUUUUCUAGAAAAGCGUUCUAAUGCCUUAGAAGCUAGCGAUCCGAAAACUUCUCGGGUCAAGAACUCUCGUACGUCAAAUUCUUCGAAUAUAAAAAGCCUCGCCGUAGUAAAUACCUCAUGUCCAAAAUGUAAAGGUGAACAUUAUCUUCCACAAUGUCCAGAUUUUAUUUCAAUGUCGGUUAGUUCCCGUCGUAAUUUCGCUCGAGAUCAACGAUUAUGCUAUAACUGCCUCGGUACUAAACAUUCGUCGAAUCGAUGUCGAUCGAAAGCACGUUGUACGUCAUGCAAUUCUCGACACCAUAGCUUGGUGCACUUAGAUAACCCAAGCACAGCUAAUGCCGUUGAUCCUACGCAAGGCUCAGCUUCCGUCGUAAGCAACCAUAUGCAAAAUGGUUCGCGUUCUUCGGUUAUAUUACCAACCGCUGUUGUAAAAGUGUAUGACGUUUCUGGAAAGACUCAUCUCGUUCGCGUUUUGUUGGAUAGUGGUUCUCAGGUUUCGUUCGUAACUGAUAGUUUGGUGAAAAGACUUGGUCUACGUCGUUCUCAUGCUCGUUUACCAAUAUCCGGGAUUUCGUCUGUUGAAGCUGGUGUGACUCAAGGUGCUGCUGAGUUAAAAUUAAAAUCCCGCAUUAACUCACAUACUAUGCAAGUUGAGGCAUAUAUUCUCAACCAAAUAACUUCCCAAACGCCAUCGCUUUCGUUGGAAGCCAGCAAUUUCACUUUUCUUGACGAUCUUUUGCUAGCGGACGUAGGAUUCAAAAACCCAGGUCCCAUUGAUGUUUUGUUGGGGGCUGACAAGGCUUGGAGUAUUCUGCUAAGUGAUCAUCGUUCAGAUCCAGAAGGAAAGGUGGUUGCUCAUGAGACAUUGUUUGGAUGGGUUGUAACGGGUUGUUUGCCAGGAAAUUCGUUAAUUUCAUUGCACGCAGGUGUUGACCUUGAUGUUAUUUUGAAAUCCUUUUGGGAAAUUGAAGAGGUACCUCUAGGAGGUUCUUCCUUUAGAGUAAUUGAAGAUGAGGUAGAUGAAAACUUUUCAAAAACUCUAACUCGUACACCUGAUAAUAAGUACAUGGUAGAACUUCCUUUUCGACAAAACCAUGUUAAGUUUGCUAACUCCAUAUCUGGAGCUUUGUCUAGACUUCUUGCAAUGGAACGCCGGUUUUCGCGUGAUAAAGACCUACAAGUGGAAUACUGCAAGUUCAUGCAGACUUAUUUGAAUCUGGGACACAUGGAGCGUAUCCCUGAUGAGAAAAUAGAACCUACGUCGGGAAGUGUUUUCUAUUUGCCACAUCACGCUGUGAUCACAAACAAAAUUCGUGUUGUUUUUGAUGGGUCUCAUAAAGAUACCAAAAACUGUUCUCUUAAUGAAAUGCUUCAUAUAGGAACUCCUCUUCAACGAAAUUUGGUUAACGUUUGUAUUCGUUUUCGUCUUCACCGUUUCGUAUUUUGUGCUGACAUUGUUAAAAUGUUUCGGCAAAUUUGGGUGCAUCCAAAGCAUCGGGAUUUUCAGAGGAUAGUUUGGAGAGAAUCCCCUGAUAGUCCAAUAUCGCAUUUUCGUUUGGCUACGGUAACAUAUGGUACUUCACCUGCUCCAUAUUUGUCCAUGAAAGUUCUCCGUCAAAUAGCGUUUGAUUACAAACACCAGUUUCCCUUAGCAUCACAUGCAGUUUUGCAUGACAUGUAUGUUGAUGACCUAAUGACGGGGGCUGAUUCGCUGUCGGAGACUUUGGAGCUGAAGAAGCAGAUCGUAGAGAUGUUGUCAUGUGGAGGUCUUGAGCUCAGCAAGUGGAGCUCUAAUUGUUGGGAAAUAUUGCGUGACAUCGACUGUAAAGAAGCUGUUUCACUGGAUUUGGAUAGUUCUUCUGAGUGUACCAAGGUUCUCGGUUUGGUUUGGAACCCGUAUCAUGACACCUUUACGUACAAAAUUAGUUUACCCGAACACUUUGUGCCUACAAAACGGAAACUACUUUCAGAGGUUGCAAAGGUUUUUGAUCCUUUGGGGUUUUUGGCUCCUUCCACUAUUUUGUUGAAAAUACUGUUUCAGGAGCUGUGGACCGCCAAGACGAAAAUUGAUUGGGAUGAUCCUUUGCCCUUCGAAAUCGCAGAAAAAUGGAAGCUAUAUCGGGAGAAUUUGACCUAUUUUGAAAACUUUAGGAUUUUUCGAAGGUUUACCCAAAAUUCUAAAAGCUUGGAGUUAAUAGGUUUUUCGGAUGCUUCAGAAAAGGCUUAUUCUGCAGUGGUUUACUGUCGUAGUUGUUCGGAAGAUGGUGUUGAAGUGAAGUUAGUCGCCGCCAAGACUCGAGUUGCUCCAGUAAAGCAGUUGUCUAUUCCACGCCUGGAACUUUGUGGGAGUCUCCUUUUGUGUCGUUUAAUAGAACUUAUUCGGUCGUCAUUAGAUGUGAAACCAGUUAGAGUAUCUGCGUUCUGUGACUCUCAAAUUGUUUUGUCAUGGCUUUCAUCCUCGCCACGAAAAUGGAGUACGUUUGUAGCGAAUCGUACCUCUGAAAUAUUGUCUUCGUUACCUCGCUCGUCUUGGAGUCAUGUCAGUUCAUCUGAAAACCCUGCUGAUUGUGCUUCGCGGGGUCUCUCGCCUAAGGAUUUGAUGGAACACAAAUUGUGGUGGAACGGGCCAGAAUGGCUGGUUCAUAGUAUUGAUGAGUGGCCAAAUCAUUCUGAAACUGAAAUAGAAGAUAUUCCUGAAGAAAGGAAGAAAGUCCAUACAGUUCACGUUUCGGUUGCGGUGGAGCAUUUUCUUGACAAAAUUUCGCUUAAAAUUUCUAGUUGGAGGAAAAUUGUGAGAAUAGUUUGCUAUAUUCGUCGCUUCAUCUAUUUUUGCCGUUUGCCUAAAGGUGAUAGAAGGUGUGGAUAUCUUUCGCUCUCAGAGCUACGCCUUGGUAAAAUAAUCUGCCUCAAGUGGACUCAAAGAGAGUUUCUUAGAGAAAUCAAAACUCUUAAGACUGACCGUUGUGUUGACAAGGCCUCAAAAUUGUGUUCGCUUUCGCCUUUUAUUGAUGUCAUCGGUUUAUUGCGUGUCGGUGGUAGAAUUUCAAAUGCUAAAAACGUUCCCUUCGCGAUUAGACACCCUAUUAUCCUGCCUAAAAAUCAUCCAAUAACUCUGUUAAUUCUCUUAGAUGCUCACAGGAACUUUUUACAUAUCGGUGUUUCUGGACUUUUUGCACUGAUUCGCCAGGAGUUUUGGAUCCUCGGAAGCAGAAAUCUUAUUCGAAAACUAGUUCAUGACUGUCAAACGUGUUUUCGUCAACGGAAAAUUACUUCAACGCAGCUUAUGGGAAAUUUACCAUCAUCUCGCGUAAAUCCAUCAUUUGCUUUCGCCCACACAGGAUGUGAUUACGCUGGCCCGAUAACUCUUCGUUCAUCUAGAGGAAGGAAACCAACGUUGUCCAAAGGGUAUAUUUCAUUAUUUGUCUGUAUGACAACUAAGGCGCUGCACCUUGAAUUAGUAUCGGACCUGACCACAGACGCCUUUUUGGCUGCCCUAAAAAGAUUUAUCGCCAGGCGUGGUAGAUGCAGCGUUUUGUAUUCCGAUAAUGGUACGAACUUUCAAGGAGCGGCUCGUGUGCUAUCAGACAUGUAUAAACUGGUGCAGUCCCAAAAUCACAACAAAAAGGUUGCAGAAAUGUUGGCUGGAGAAAGCAUCGAUUGGAAGUUUAUUCCUCCUCACAGCCCUCACUUUGGUGGGCUUUGGGAAGCGGGGGUUAAAUUAGUAAAACAACAUCUUCGGCGAGUAGUUGGUGAUAGUGUCCUUACCUUUGAAGAAAUGUGUACCUUGCUAGCCCAAAUCGAAGCCCUUUUAAAUUCUAGGCCCCUUUGUGCUUCUUCCGAUUCAGAUCUUGAUCCAUUAACGCCUGCUCACUUUCUUAUAGGUAGACCUUACACGGCGAUUCCCGAGCCAAGUUAUUUGGAAUUACCCAUUAAUCGAUUGGGAAGAUGGCAGCUACUACAAAAUAUGAUGCAAGGCUUCUGGCGAAGGUGGCAUACCGACUACCUCACAUCUUUGCAGCAGCGACCAAAAUGGAGAGAAGACCUAAGAGAUUUUGAAGUUGGUGACAUGGUCAUUCUGAAGGAAUCUAACAUGCCACCAUCCCUAUGGUCCUUAGGAAGAAUAACCGCAGUUCAUCCAGGUGAAGAUGGACACGUACGGGUGGUUACAUUGCGCACCAAACGAGGCACUUUCACGCGCCCUAUAACCAAACUUGCCCUCUUGCCAUGUCCUGAAAUUCCUUCAGCGGGGGCGGCAUGUUGA